ACGGCUCUGCUUUGUAUGGACAUGGUGGGGGAUUUUUGACAGCGGCAGCGCUGUUAGGAAACAAACAGGGACGUGGUCGGGGGGUCGGGGACUGUUUUUCUUUUUUGCCCCCUCCUCGUUCAUAUCUCGGUCUUUCCCUGGGCUUCUCUCAACUCAGCGUGAUUUCCGAGGAUAUGGCGGCAUCGCACUGGGCUGUCUUUUCUAAGUCUGAUGUGUGAGAGUGCCGGCAGCCCGCUCCUCUGCCAUCGCAAUGGUCGACAUGGAGAGCCACUACCAUCCCCCCUCGCCCCUGGAGGACUCGGUGCUGGACAGCCCCCUGUGCGUCGAUGACGAAUUCAUGGGUGGCAUUGAGGAGCUCCAGGACAUCUCGCAGUCCAUAGACAACGACGGCCUCAGUUCCUUCGAUGUCCCCGAAUACCAGUCGUCCAGCAAUGGUUCUGAAGGUUCCACUGUACUAGAUGCCCUGACCCCAGCAUCCAGCCCGUCGUCGGUUGUUUACGGGCUGGCAGCGGGCCAGGAGGACUUCUCAUCUUCUUCCUCGCUCAAUCUGGAAUGUCGAGUUUGUGCUGACCGCGCCUCGGGGUACCACUAUGGAGUCCACGCCUGCGAGGGCUGCAAGGGCUUUUUCAGGCGAACGAUCCGUCUCAAGUUGGAGUACGACAAGUGUGAGCGCCGCUGCAAGAUCCAAAAGAAGAACCGCAACAAGUGCCAAUACUGCCGCUUCCAGAAGUGCCUGUCAGUGGGCAUGUCACACAACGCCAUCCGUUUUGGCCGGAUGCCCCAGUCAGAAAAGCUAAAGCUGAAAGCGGAGAUGGUGACGGGGGACAGGGAGAUGGAAGACCCUCAGCUAGCCGACCAGAAGACGCUGGCCCGGCAGAUUUACGAGGCCUACCUCAAGAACUUCAACAUGAACAAGGCCAAGGCCCGAACCAUCCUCACCGGCAAGACCAGCACUCCUCCUUUUGUCAUCCAUGACAUGGACACCCUCCAGCUGGCUGAGCAGACCUUAGUGGCAAAGAUGGUGGGCUCAGCGGGAGCACUGAAGGACAGGGAGGCAGAAGUUCGGAUUUUCCACUGCUGCCAGUGCACAUCGGUGGAAACCGUCACCGAGCUCACAGAGUUUGCAAAGUCCGUCCCCGGGUUCUCGAGCCUGGACCUCAAUGAUCAGGUGACUCUUUUGAAAUAUGGCGUGUACGAGGCCCUCUUCGCCAUGCUCGCCUCAAGUAUGAACAAAGAUGGGCUACUUGUGGCGUACGGCUCAGGCUUCAUCACCCGGGAAUUCCUCAAGAGCCUGCGGCGGCCAUUCAGUGACAUGAUGGAGCCCAAGUUCCAGUUUGCGAUGAAGUUUAACGGGCUGGAGCUAGACGAUAGUGACCUGGCCUUGUUUGUGGCUGCUAUCAUCUGUUGUGGAGACCGACCAGGCCUGGUGAAUGUGGCACACAUCGAGCGCAUGCAGGAGAGCAUCGUGCAGGUGCUACAGCUCCACCUGUUGGCCAACCACCCGGACGACACUUUCCUCUUUCCCAAGCUGCUGCAGAAACUUGCCGACCUCCGGCAGCUGGUCACUGAGCAUGCACAGCUGGUGCAGGAGUUCAAAAAGACAGAGGACACCUCACUGCACCCGCUCCUCCAGGAGAUCUACAGAGACAUGUACUGAGGGGUUUUGGAUGAAUAACCAGGAAGGGAACCCUAUAAAUCAACUUCUUUUUUUCAGGGACAGAAUAAAAGAGUCCAUAAGUCAUAAGCUAGGUUGAACCACUAACCCCCCCCCCCCCCACAAUGCAGCAAGAGUUAGCUUCGUCUCCACUCCAUUGUGGGGACAACAUGUAUGCAAAGAUGCUAUGUACAGUUAAUUAGGACCCUAUCUAGAUACCAGUAUGUACAAUCUCUGACCAAACUCUUGGAUGAAACCACAAAAUGUUAAUUGAAAUUUUAAAGGUGACCUCUGAGGUUAUCCCCCUCCUGACUUCUUAACUACUCCUAAAAUUCAGAAAGAAAGUGAACGUGAUAGUCGCCACUCCAGCCGUUUAUUUGAAAGAUUUUUAAACUGAUGUCAAAGAGACAAGAGCCAUAUAUCCUCACAGCUAUCAACACCCAAAUAACUUCAGUGGCAGCAGUACAACAGUAAUAAUGCAGUUUUCAAGCAAGGCAGCUCCUGUGGGAUUGGCUGUCGAUAAGGGUUGGUGACGGGUGCUCAUGCACCAGCCCUCCAGCGUGUGCCGUCACCUUUUUAUACCCACAUAAGAAACCCUGAACAUGAUCACUUCUUUGUACUGUACUGUGAGUUUUCUAAGGCAUGCCUAGUUUGUGAUAAUACUGGAAAUAACCGUUCAAAUUCAAGCCUUGAUAUAGGUUAUUAUCAGCACGUAAUACCACAGACUCUGUGGGGAAAAGUAUUUUUUACACUUCAGAAAAAGGUAGCAAAAUCUAAACUUUGGGAAGUUUUCUAAGACUGAAAUGAUCACAGCCACAGGUUCACACGCACCACAAUGCAAUUUCUGAAGCACAAACACACCUGUGACAUUAUUAAAUGUCACUAAUUUUAUACUGGACCUCUGUUAAAUGCCUUUGUCACAAAAUACGCACUCAGAUGUUUGGCACUCCGUCCUGGUUUGCAUUUGCUUUUCUAGGGCUAACCCACAGAUAAUGCGCAUUCCCACCUUCCUACAGGCAGACUUGGAGCUAGAAAUGAAUUCAUCUGUUUCCUAAUUUCUUACUCAGUCGAACCUUUUUCCUACAAAUUACAUCUCAGUGUUGUUUUUUCCCCCUCAGUUUUAUCGUUCUGCCUUCCAUUCUGUGCUCUGUGCAGGAGAUGGAUUCAGGGGUCUUACAUGCACAUUUGAAUAUGAUGGCAAAAGAAAAGCAAAAGUACUUUUCCUUCAUAGAGGAAAAUCAUAAUGUCAUGGUUCUUUUUGAUUAAGAAAAAUACUUUGAUAGUGAGAGGAACGUCUUCACCGGAAACUUGUCCAUUUGUGUGAAAAGUGUUCUGUUUGUCUCUUUUAUUCUCUUUCCCCUGAAAUUCCAUGUUAAGUUUGGGGACAAUUUUAAAAUGAAAAAAGGCAAAAAGCAGUUACGAGCCUGUCGCCACCUGCACUUUUCUUCAUUUGAGGAAGUGAGUCAGACAUGAUCUGAGACUUUCUGACAAGUUUCUAGUGACAGAGAACCAAAUGGUUUUGGUUAUUUUGUCCUCCUUUUAUGAUGAGCAUGCAUGAGAAGAGGUCACUCCUGUACUUUGUGGUGGUACUGCCUUCUGCAGAACAAACGGACAGGCUACACAGAAGACCUACAGUAAAGGAACGACAAUGAGUAAACAAUGAGGGCAUGCAAUGCUGAUAGUUUGGGAAAAAAAUGUAUGUAAAUCUUUUCCUUUAAUCUGCUAAUGCAACCAAAAUCCAAAAUAAUCAAGAAGUUAUUUUAUCCAAUCACAGGACAUGGACCUUGUGACAUCACAUUGUAGAAAGAGAGUGCACUGUACAUAGCUGGAAUGAUUGCUUGCUCCGACUUUUAAUUCGUGAGGUAUACAAGGUACUAAUGAUGAUCAACUUUUGUAUUCCUCUGUUCAGUUAAUACUUUGAAAUGUUUGAGAUUUUACACUUAAUGUAGUUAUAUAUAUACUGUAUGUUCUUUAUGCUUAAAAGCCACAUGUGUUUAAAUUGAAUUGGAUCAUAUUUUUAUACUAAAAAUAUAUACGUAAGACUAAAUCAGAGAAGUGUUUAUUUGAAAUGGCACUAUGAAGAGUGCAGUGUAAAUAGACUUAAAGGGUAACAAGGCAACUGGUUAUCUGGAUAUCCAUCAAAUCUGAAUCCCGCCGGGGACAUUCCUUUUAUUAAAUGUUAUAUUUUCGAUAGAAAUCCUCCGUCUGCAUCCGUAGUGUGCAUUCAGUUAAUUUCAUCUGCUUUUUUAUCUGUCAGAUUAAGCUCUCACCAUAUUAACUGAAAGCACUUGUGAGCUGUGCAUAGCUGGACUCGCUCACAACUUUGGGAAGUUGAUUUUUUUUUUUUUUUUUUUUUAACUUGACCUUUUUGACCUUUGAACACAGUCAAAACAACUUUUAUCAUUUCGAAGGUCAAUCAACAGCUCGGCACUGAUCAUGUAAUACUCUGUUCUCAGGUUGCACAGUUAAAAAACAAAAACAAAUAGGUAAUAUAUGCACAGAAUUCAUAUAUUAUAAAAAGUCCUCCGUGGUUGCCUCUUUAACAAACCAACCUCUUUUUCUUUCUCAUUUUUCACACCACAUCUCUGUUGCUGAUUAUAUAGAGAAACCGAAUGCAGUCAUAAUUUGCAAUGACAUGCUACACUUUUUACAGUCAAAAUGAUGCAGUAAUGAAUAUGCAGUAUGUGCCGUUUUAUAAUUCUGUUGUUUUUUUUUUGGUUUUUUUGUCAUGCUUUUUGUCUUGACUUUUCUCUCCUCACUCGCUGCUAUGUUGUACUGACUCACCAAACAUUUCUUAUGCCAUGAGUAGAUUACUGACCUUCAAGCUGCCUCUCUUUACAUAUUAUAUCUUCUUACAGAAUGUCAGUCCCACAUGAAGAACUGAUUCAGCGCAGCUCGGUUUUUUUUCCCCUUGCAGAGAUGAACUGCAAAACAAUCUGUGCCUUAGCGUGUGCCCAUGCCAUAAAACUCUAGAGAUUCAGAUAAAAAAUAAAUACUUGACUUGUGCACACACACACUUCUAGAAUGGUUAAACGGAUGGUGUCGUCAGACAGAACUGGGCCAUGCAGACAGGAAAUGAUGUCACAGAAGAUUUUGGAAACUAUACAGCAAGACAUUGGCUUGUUAUUGAAGCCUUAGCUUGCUGUACAUAACAGAAGCUAUGAAGGAUUUUUUCUUUUAAAUAAAGGACUUGACUUUUUAAAACUAAACCCGUAAAGGAUGAAACACAAUUAGUGCCAGGCCCUUGAGGAGAAACCUUGUAAAUUUGUGAUGUCUGCUUUCCCCUAGGAAUGUCUGUUUUGUGUUGAAUUGACAAGGGACUUUUGAACUUGUAUCAGGGAAAUGUAGUCUUCCUUUGUUGAACUAGCUCAGGACGUAGAAAUAUUUUGUUCCUCCUUCUCGCUCUCUAAUUUUUUCUCUCUCUCUUGAAUGAGUUUAUAUAGUGCCCUGCCUUACUGCACACACACACCAACAAACAAUACUCAUUAAUUCAUUUGUAAUUUUUUUAUUUCCCAAAACUGGCCGAAAAAUGUUAACCAGAGGGCAGCAGUCAUAGAAUUUAGAUAUUUUAAUUAUUUUUUUUCCUUCCUGGAUGUAAUGGAGUUUUUUUUUUUGUGGCUGUAGUGACGUGUGAAAAGACAUCAGAGCGUGUCUUCGGAUGUGUUGUCAAUGUGUACUGUGGCGUGGUAACAAUACUGUAAAUGUUUGAUGAAUGUAUAUCUAGACAUUUAAACAAUGGAACCAGUUGACAUUGAAUGGAUUUGAAAUAAAACUAUUUUGAAAUCCUC